GGUAUUGCGAUUUCUCUCUGAACAAUAAAGCAGGAAGGAGAAAGCAGGGUUUGAUAUUUGCAGAGAGAAAUCAAAGCAAUUAGCGUUGGAGGAGAUCUUCAAUGGACGUGAUAAAGACGCAGCAGAUAUCUUCUCGGCCGAUAGAGAAGGUAAUUGUGCAUCCUCUGGUUCUACUCAGCAUAGUCGACAACUACAACCGAGUCGCCAAAGACACUCGCAAGCGCGUCGUCGGAGUUCUCCUCGGCACCUCCUUCAAAGGCACCGUCGAUGUCACCAAUAGCUAUGCAGUGCCUUUUGAAGAAGACGAGAAGGACACUAGCAUAUGGUUUCUUGACCACAACUAUCAUGAAUCUAUGUUUUCGAUGUUCAAAAGGAUCAAUGCAAAGGAGCACGUUGUAGGUUGGUAUAGCACUGGCCCAAAAUUACGGGAGAAUGAUCUUGACAUUCACAGCUUAUUCCACAACUAUGUUCCAAAUCCUGUCCUAGUCAUUAUUGAUGUCCAGCCCAAGGAGUUGGGUAUACCUACCAACGCAUACUGUGAUGUGGAAGAGGUCAAAGAGAAUGCUACUCAAAAAAGCCAGAAGGUUUUUGUCCAUGUUCCUUCUGAAAUUGCUGCUCAUGAAGUUGAGGAGAUCGGAGUGGAGCACUUGCUUAGAGAUGUGAAAGAUACAACCAUUAGUACCCUUGCAACUGAGGUUACUGGAAAACUUACAGCCUUAAAGGGUUUAGAUGCCCGGCUACAAGAGAUACGUUCUUACCUUGAUCUUGUUAUUGAUGAGAAGCUUCCAUUGAACCAUGAAAUCCUUUACCAUUUGCAGGAUGUAUUCAACUUGCUGCCAAACCUCAAUGUAGCUGAAUUAAUCAAGGCCUUUGCAGUAAAAACAAAUGAUAUGAUGUUGGUUAUAUAUCUUUCAUCACUCAUCCGUAGCAUCAUUGCACUUCAUAACUUGAUUAAUAACAAGAUUCUAAACAAGGAACAUGAGAAAGCUGAGGAUGCAAAGCCGGCUACAGUCCCAUCUGUAUCUGGAAGCUAAAUUGUUCCAGAGUCUCAGCAGCAAAAGAGGAUUUGAGCAGAGAUAUGGGCAGUUCGAGUACAUUAAAUUCUUCAAAGUGCUGCCUGAUAUCACGGGCCUUGAAAUUGAGAUACAACAUCUGUGUUUCAUUGUUGUACCAGUAUACUCUAGUCGUUAGAAUUAAUUAAGCAUUUGAGAUACGGUACGGGUACGGAAUUUACUCUAUCCGCUCUGCAUUGAUUUCUGGAAUUUUUUUACAAAAAAUUCUAGCAUUUAGCAUGUUAUGAUUUUUAUUUUUUUUCGGAUAACUGACUUGUUGA